AUGUCCGUCCCUACGGUCCGACGAGCCUUCGGUUCAAUCUCCAAGCAGCGAUCCCUCUGCUACGUACGAGAAAGACUCCAUAUCGGGGUGCUCGUGCACCUAUUCAACAUCGCCAUCGCGCUGCUCCUCUUCCCGCUGAACAAUACCAUCCUCUUGGCGGCUUACGCUGCGGGGUAUCUCUCCUUCGUCCUGUCGCGCUCGGACCCGAUCCAUCGACGCCAGGCCGCGCUGCGCGAUGGCCAGUUCUACCCCAAGACGAUCCUCGUGACGGGCGUCGAUACGCCGCACGGGCUGGCGGUCGCGCGGUGCUGGUCCCAUCAGGGACACCGCGUGGUAGGGGUGAAUGUCACAGACACGGCGAUCCCGACGGGCGAGAGCAUGUCGAACGCGCUGGCGGCGUUUUACCGCAUUCCGAAAUCAAAGUAUGUGGCGCGGCUGCUGGACGUGAUUAAUCGCGAAAAGGCCGACGUGUGGGUGCCGUGUUCUGAGAAGGCGUCGGUGCUGGACGAUGCGAUGGCCAAGCAGGUGAUUGAGGGGCGGACCGAGUGCAAGUGUAUCACGCUGGACACGGAAUUGGCGAGCAUGUUCGGUCGGCAAGCGACGUUCCGGCGGUAUUUGGUCGAGAAGGAUCUGCCGGUCGUGGAGAACCGGGAGGUGCAGUCGCGCGAUUCGAUUCAUAAGAUUCUCCAUCGGUCGCCGACUAAGACGUAUCGCAUUUCCAGACCGGAUCCUGUGACGAGGGAGAACAAGAUCAUCACCCUGCCGAAGAGGACGUUGAGUUUGACCUAUUCCGAGGUCAGCGAGAUUCAGAUCUCGAAAGAGAGUCCGUGGAUCCUGCAGCAGCAGAGUCGGUUGGGCGAGUUCCUGGCUGAGAUGCUGGUGGUCCACGGACAUGUCAAGGCGAUCAAGGUCCGUCCGGCGGAUGAGCAAUCGGCCUGGGGUCAGUCCCGCCUGGACGAGGGGCUCACGAUGUCCAUUCACAAGCUCAUGGAGCGGUUUGCGCUGAAGGGGGGACAUCGAAUGACAGGUCACAUCUGCGUCCGGGUCAUGGUGGACGAGGAAGUCGACGCCAACCACGUGCGUUAUGCACUUCACAUUAACGGGUGCACGCAGGGCGCAGCGGUUGUCAACAACCUGUUACAAGAUGCGUCCGACCAGCUCAUUCGAGGGUACCUGGCAGUGGAGGCUCCUCAUCUCAAUGGUGUAAUGUCGUCGGACUCAGUCGAUGCUCUGCGCACCCAAGCGGCCAAGUCCAUCGUUUCUACGACGCCUCGUGCGAGAUUCAGUCUGUAUCAGAGGCUGAAGGAGCACGACGAGGAAAGAGUCUUCACCAUCUUAUACCCCGUGGCCCAGCAAAUUGACAUGAUGAUCAGCGGCACCGAGAAGGCCCUCCUGUUCUGGAGAGAUUGGCGGUUCUCGAUCCACGAUCCGCUGCCGUGGUGGUGGGAUGCCCAUAUCUACCAACCGUUGAGAGAGCUGGAAUCGAUCGUGAGUGGGGUUGACGUAAAGGAAGCCUGA